GAAAAAUUGUCAAAGCGUUUAGUUCCAGACGGAUGAUCACUUCGCGGAGCUCUUAGAAUAAGAUUCAUCUCUGUUUGUGGUAUUACUAAAUUCAGUGUCGAAAAUGAAAGUUCUGUUCACGUCUUGUUGCCUGCUGUUUGCGCUGGCUAUAGCGGAGGAGCAGCCCUCGGUGUUGCAGGAGUGCUUCGAUCAGGAUUCAAUUUCCUGCGUCCAGCUCACGUUUUUCCGUCAAGCGAAAGAAUUUUUCGAUAAACCAACGGUUGAAUUUGUGGGAGGAUUAUCUUUAACGAAAACUGCAGAAGGUCGACAGGCUAAGGCAUUGGAAGAUAAUGCCAUUGCCGUAGAAACCGCGAAAUCGGUCGAUGAAAGGAAUACCCAAAUCCAAAAUUACUUGUUCACCGAGCUCAAGAAUUUCUUCCAAGAGCGGUCCUUGAACUUCAACUUCGCCAACGCCGCCCGAAGCAUCUCGAACGCUAUUCCUGAUGAUGUCAAGGCCGAAAUGCGAGGUUUGGUCGAAGAAGGUCGUCUGAAGAAACGAAAAUUGCUCCGCAAGUUGAUGCCGAUCCUCAUGGGACUCAAGGUUAAGUUCGUCGCUCUCGGAGUCCUUACUCUCUUCGGACUGCUCUUCAUUGCCAAGAAGGCUCUCGUCGUUUCAUUCAUUGCAUUGGCUUUGAGUUUGUUCUCAGGACUCUCAGGACUGUCACAGAAAUCCGGCGGUGGCCUAGGAGGAGGUCUAUUCAGUGGCUUAGGAAAUCUAUUCGGAGGAGGUGCAGGAGGCGGAUACUCAGCAGGUGGCGCUGGAUGGGCUGGCAAUGGAGGCUGGUCAUCGGGCGGUGGUUGGUCUGGCGGUAACAGUGGCUGGGACUCACAUGGAGCCUACUCAUCCCCCGUCGCACAAACUGUUGCCUAUUCGGGCCACAAACAAGUUCGUCGCCGAUAAUGCCUUCAUCCAAAGCCAUAUAUUACGUUCGAUUUAAUUAAUUUAUUUAAAUUAUUAUGCAAAGAUUGUUGAUAGUUAUGUUUUGUCCUCCUUAAUUUAUUAUCGAGUUAUUAGCGCAUGAAAUUCAUAUUUAUCUAUAUACAGAAAAGUGAAAAAAACGGAA